AUGGAAGAGAUGAUUAAGGAAGAUAAAAUUAGCAAAAUAAAACUAAAAAUAAAAAAUAUGGUUGAAGAAAUAAAUAAUAUUCAAGAAGAAAGUAUGUCCAAGGAAGAAGAAUGGAGAUCACAAUAUAGUGAUUAUAAAGAAAGAAGUGCUAGAUUAGAAAUGAUUAACAACGUGAUAACAAUGGAAGAAAUGAAUAAAAUAGAAGAAUGGACAAAUAGAAAAGUAGGAAAUAUAAUAUUUAAUUCGGAUAUUGAUGAUUGGAAUAAGGAUACAUCAUCGCUUCAAGAAAGAAUACUAUAUAAUAGAAUUAAUAAUUAUAAUUGA